ACACUCCUCCUCUGCAUCCAAUCUUCUUUUCUCCGUUAUCUUGCAUUGAGCUGGAGUCUAGGAGCAUUGUUUGAGCCUCGUUACCGCUAUCUUCACAUCUCAAUUCCGUCACAAUGCAAAGAGCCUUUGCUUCGCGGGCGCGGGCUUCGGCCCUAAACUCGAGCUCGAAGCUUCGCUCCACCAGUGUGAACCUCCAGCAACAGAGGUUUGCGCACAAGGAACUCAAGUUUGGCGUCGAGGCGCGAGCAGGACUGUUGAAGGGUGUCGACACACUUGCAAAGGCUGUCUCAACAACCCUCGGUCCCAAGGGUCGCAACGUAUUGAUUGAGUCAAGCUACGGCUCCCCCAAGAUCACCAAGGACGGUGUAACUGUCGCAAAGGCCAUCACCCUCGAGGACAAAUUCGAGAACCUUGGAGCCCGCCUGCUCCAGGAUGUCGCCGGCAAGACCAACGAGGCUGCUGGUGACGGUACCACCACUGCUACUGUCCUCGCCCGCGCCAUCUUCUCCGAGACUGUCAAGAAUGUCGCCGCUGGAUGCAACCCAAUGGACCUGAGGCGGGGUACCCAGGCCGCUGUCGAAGCCGUUGUUGAAUACCUCAAGGCGAACAAGCGGGACAUCACCACCAGCGAGGAAAUUGCCCAGGUCGCCACCAUCUCGGCCAACGGCGACACACACAUUGGCAAGCUUCUGUCCAACGCCAUGGAGAAGGUCGGAAAGGAGGGUGUCAUCACCGUCAAGGAGGGCAAGACGACCGAGGACGAGCUCGAGGUUACUGAGGGUAUGAAGUUUGACCGCGGUUACAUUUCGCCCUACUUCAUCACCGACAGCAAGACGGCCAAGGUUGAGUUUGAGAAGCCCCUCAUCCUUCUCUCGGAGAAGAAGAUUUCCGCUGUCCAGGACAUUGUCCCCGCGCUCGAGGCUUCCCAGCAGCUCCGCCGCCCUCUUGUCAUCAUUGCUGAGGACAUUGACGGCGAGGCGCUUGCCGUCUGCAUUCUCAACAAGCUGCGUGGCCAGCUCCAAGUUGCUGCUGUUAAGGCUCCUGGUUUCGGUGACAACAGGAAGUCCAUUCUCGGCGAUCUCGCCGUCUUGACCAACGGUACCGUCUUCAGCGACGACCUCGACAUCAAGCUUGAGAAGGCCACCCCCGACAUGCUCGGUUCCACUGGAUCCAUCACCAUCACCAAGGAGGACACUGUCAUCCUUAACGGCGAGGGUAGCAAGGACGCGGUAUCGCAGCGCUGCGAGCAGAUCCGUGGUGUCAUCAACGACCCGACAACAUCCGAGUACGAGAAGGAGAAACUGCAGGAGCGCCUUGCCAAGCUCUCGGGUGGUGUUGCCGUCAUCAAGGUCGGCGGCUCAUCCGAGGUUGAGGUCGGCGAGAAGAAGGACCGCAUUGUCGACGCUCUCAAUGCCACGCGCGCUGCCGUUGAGGAGGGUAUCCUGCCCGGCGGUGGUACCGGUCUCCUCAAGGCCUCGGCUAACGCUCUUGGUAACGUCAAGGCCAGCAACUUCGACCAGCAACUUGGUAUCACGAUUGUCAAGAACGCCAUUACCCACCCCGCCCGCAAGAUUGUCGAGAACGCCGGUGCCGAGGGCUCUGUCGUUGUUGGCAAGCUCAUCGACGAGCACAAGAACGACUUCAACAAGGGCUUCAAUAGCGCCAAGGGCGAAUACGUUGACAUGAUCGCGGCUGGUAUCCUCGACCCCUUCAAGGUUGUCCGCACUGCUCUUGUCGAUGCCAGCGGUGUCGCCUCGCUCCUCGGCACCACCGAGGUCGCCAUUGUCGAGGCGCCCGAGGAGAAGGCCGGCCCUGCAGGCGGCAUGCCCGGCGGCAUGGGCGGUAUGGGAGGCAUGGGCGGCAUGGGCUUCUAGAAAGUGAAGCCUGACCGUCUGUUUUCUUCUUCAUAUACCCCCAUUUCGUUAUAAUGACUUUAGUCCUACGUCUUUCCCAGUCAUGGCUCAUGUAUGCACGAUGUUGAGUUGGUCUCCGCUCUUCCCUCAUGGUUCUUCAAAAGCACGGCAUUUUGGUUCUUUUUUUGAUGUUUUAUUGUACAAUAUUGUGUGUAUCUAGAAAGAUGUCCUGGGAAGGACGAGACGAGAAAAGCGACGAAGGAAAUGCGAACCCGUUUGAAACAUUUGCAGCAUGACGUGCAGCGGCCGUGUUUAUGCACCUGUUUCUGUGUACGUACAUUGGGCAGCUGGGCAGCAGGGGAGCGACCGGGGCUUGGGCCGAAGCUGGUUGCUGUGG